AUGACCCAACAGAAGGGGAAAGAGAUGGAAAAGCAGGACCCAGAAGGCCCAGAACCUGGUGUCGAAUCCUGUGAGACAGCUGUGCCAGAGACCUGGAAUCUGGAGCCCCAGAACUCAGAAGUCCUUUCCCAACGCUUCUGGCGGUUCUGCUACUGUGAUGCCGAUGGACCCCGAGAGGUUUGCAGCCAGCUCCAUGGACUUUGCAACUGCUGGCUGAAGCCAGAGAGGCACUCCAAGAAGCAAAUCCUAGACCUGGUGAUCCUGGAGCAGUUCCUGACCAUCCUGCCCCAGGGAAUGCAGCGCUGGGUCAGAGGAUGUGGGCCAGAGACGAGUUCCCAAGCAGUGGCCCUGGCUGAGGGUUUCCUCCUGAGUCUGGCUGAGGAGAAGAGGCAGGCAGAACAGAAGUCGGGUUCAUCCCUGAAGAUGGAAGCAAAGUUCUCUCUGUGGGAGGAAGGGGAGCUGGCCCAGGCGCAUACUCCAGAUGCCGUCUCACGUGGCAGUGAAGAGACAGUGUUGAGCCGUACUUUUUGCGGAGGUGUGGAAACAGCAGCUGUACCUCAAGUCCAGUCUUUGGUUACCUUUGGGGAGGUGGCCGUGUAUUUCACAAAGGCAGAGUGGGCAUUGCUGAAUCCUCACCAAAGAGCUCUGUACGAGGACAUCAUGAUGCAGAACUAUGGGAGCGUGGCUUCUCUGGCAGGGGAUGAGCAGUGGAAUGAGGGGGAUGAGAAAGUGCCUCAGCUAUUGCCAGAUAAAGUGAAGAAUGGUGAUCUGAAAGAAAGUGACAGAAAUCAAAGCAGACCUAAGAGACAAAAAGGAAUGACUUUCUCAGGUAGAAGAAAGGGUAAUGUCCGAAUUUCAAAGCACAAUUUACUGAUUGCACAUAAAUGCUUUCAGUGUGGAAAGUUCUUCAGCUCUAAAUCAAAGCUUGUGCACCAGAGAAUGCACACAAGGGAGAAACCUUUUCAAUGCUCAGAUUGUGGAAGGAGAUUCAGUGACAGAAGCAAGCUUCACAGGCAUCAAAGAACUCACACAAAGGAGAGACCUUUUGAAUGCUCAGAGUGUGGGAAGAGAUUAAGUCGGAGUUGUGGUCUUCAACAGCAUAAAAGAACUCACACGAGACCUUUUGAAUGCUCAGAGUGUGGAAAGAGAUUCAGUCGGAGUUGCGGUCUUCAACAGCAUAAAAGAACUCAUACAAAGGAGAGACCUUUUGAAUGCUCAGAGUGUGGAAGGAGAUUCAGUGACAGAAGCACCCUUUGCAGGCAUCAAAGAACUCACACAAAGGACAGGCCUUUUGAAUGCUUAGAGUGUGGAAAGAGAUUCAGUCAGAGUAGCAAUCUUAAAAGGCAUCAAAGAACUCACACAAAGUAGAGACCUUUUGAAUGCUCAGAGUGCAGAUAGAGAUUCAGAGUAGCCAUCUUUAAAGGCAUUAGAGAACUCCCACGAAGGAGAGACCUUUUGAAUGCUUCAAGCGUGGAAAGAGAUUCAGUUGUAGUAGCACUUUUCAGAGCCAUCAAAGAACUCACACAAAGGAAAAAACCUAUUGAAUCCUAAUGUUUUUGUCUUGAUAUGUUGGUUUGUAUGUGUUUUUUGUUUUGUACAUUUCAGUGAUGCAAAGUGGAAACUGAUGAAAGAGAUGUCGAAAGCAGCUAGUAUUAUUCCAUGGCUAGCACUAUUCCAUUGAUUCCUAUGAUGUCCUUUUCUCAUCCAUGUAUACGGAAUUGAAUGUUUGGCUGGUUUUACGAUCUUUACGAUAUGUAUACAUUACAUUUAACUCACCUGUUGGAUUCUGGACUUCUACUUAGGAAGUUGCGUGUUUUGAUCCUUCUCCAUCAGUGACAUGUGACUAUGAAGAAACAUUAUGUUAUGGGAGUUGGCUACUAAUACCAAAACAUCCUCACCUGACUACAGU